UAUUUUAUGAAGUAUAAAGUAAAAGGGGUGGGGAAAUGUGCUGAAGAAAGAAAAUAAAGAUACAACAUCAAUCUGAUUAUGAUCAGAUUAAAGCACAAAACGUUUUUACAACUUUUCACAAAGUUGUGAAAACUUUUGUGUUUGUAUUCCCACGCCUUCUUUUCAUUUCGCUUCCAGUACAGCAGGAGGCGCUGCAGCUCUUUAGUCCGCAGAUAAACUCACUAAAGAAAGAAAGAAAGAGCUCGCGUGUGAUGUGUUUGUUUAUCCUCAGUGUUUUUCAUUGAGUGUAAACAGAGUCUUGUCUCUGUGUAUUUAAGUGUUUAGAAGUUGAUGAUGAGAUGUACUGUAAAUGAGUAUGAACUGAUCUGUCCAUGCUGGAUAUAUUGAUGAUUUCAUCACAGAAAUCUCUCAGCUGAAGAAAGAGGUGGCGUUACUGGAGACAAAACUGAGGUCACGAGGAGAGAUUUAGCAAUGAAACGAGAGGAGGUGGAUUGUUGUGAAUCUUCAGUGUAUAACGUGACUGAUGAUGGGAGUCUGGAUUCAGUGUUGAUGAGCAGAGAUCAGAGCCGCACACCACAGCCACUGCUGGACUCUAAACUCUCUGAAGAGAAAUCCAGACACACACAGGACUCCGAGCUCAGUCUGACUUUACUCUGUUAUACUGAGUCAAAGCCCACAGACACUCAGGACACUACAGUGUGUGACAGUAAACAGAGCUUACAGGAGGAUCAAACCUCCACAGAGUCUCUGGAUUCUGUCUGUAACGCUGGAGAACGACAACAGAUCCUGCAGACCACACUGAAGAUGUGUUCAGUCAAACUCAUUGACUGCACGAACCUCAUGAUGAAGAUUAAAAGUGAACCCACAGAAAUAAAAACUGAACCCACAGAAAUAAAAACUGAAACCACAGAAGAGGAAGAUCACACUAAGGAAAAUUAUGAUUUUAUUCCAUCAGAUGUGAAGAGUGAUUCAUGUUUGGAUAUAGAAAUAACAUCCUCAACAUCAAAAGAGCGACUGACAGCACAAAAUCUUUCCUGCAUCACCUGUGGAAAGACAUUCAGAUCACAAAGACAAUUAGAGAGACAUGAGAGAAAACACAAAGAACAGAAACUCUUCACCAGAUCUGAGAUCAGCUUUACUACCAUUCUACCUUACUACCAUGAGAGACUUCACACUGGAGAGAAACCUUAUCAUUGUAGUAUCUGUGGGAAGAGUUUUAGUCAACAUGGCAGUUUAGUGUCACACCAGAGAAUUCAUACAGGUGAAAACCCUAACAAAUGCUCUCAUUGUGGCAAGACAUUUGCUCAGUCAGUUUACUUAAAAGUCCACCAGAGAAUUCACACUGGAGAGAAACCUUAUAAUUGUAGUGUCUGUGAGAAGAGUUUUAGUCAACGGUCAAACUUACUUCAGCACCAGAGAAUUCAUACAGGUGAAAAACCUUUCAAAUGCUCUCAGUGUGGCAAAACAUUUUCUCAUUCAGCUCCCUUGAAAGUCCAUGAGAGAAUUCACACUGGAGAGAAACCUUAUAACUGUAGUGUCUGUGAGAAGAGUUUUAGUCAACAUGGCAGUUUAGUGUCACACCAGAGAACUCAUACAGGUGAAAAACCUUACAAAUGCUCUCAGUGUGACAUGACAUUUAAUUAUUCAUGUAACUUGAAAGUCCAUGAGAGAAUUCACACUGGAGAGAAACCUUAUAACUGUAGUGUCUGUGGGAAGAGUUUUAGUCAACAUGGCAGUUUAGUGUCACACCAGAGAAUUCAUACAGGUGAAAAACCUUACAAAUGCUCUCAGUGUGACAUGACAUUUAAUUAUUCAUGUCACUUGAAAGUUCAUGAGAGAAUUCACACUGGAGAGAAACCUUACGUCUGCUCUCAAUGUGGAAAGGGCUUCACUGAUUCAUCUCAUUUAAACGUUCAUCUAAGAGUUCAUACUGGAGAAAAACCUCAUCACUGUAAUGUCUGUGGGAGGAGUUUUAGUCAACGGUCAACCUUACUUAAGCACCAUAGAAUUCAUACAGGUGAUAAACCUUUCAAAUGCUCUCAGUGUGAUAAGAUGUUUGCUCAGUCAGAUUCCAUCCUUAAAGUGUGCAGACUUCACACUGGAGAGAAACCUUAUCACUGUAGUAUCUGUGGGAAGAGUUUUAGUCAACAGUCACCCUUAAAAAGGCACCAGAGAAUUCAUACAGGUGAAAACCCUAACAAAUGCUCUCAGUGUGGCAAGACAUUUGCUCAGUCAGUUUACUUAAAAGUCCACCAGAGAAUUCACACUGGAGAGAAACCUUAUCACUGUAAUGUCUGUGGGAAGAGUUUUAGUCAACAGUCAAACUUAAAAAGGCACCAGAGAAUUCAUACAGGUGAAAACCCUUACAAAUGCUCUCAGUGUGACAUGACAUUUAAUUAUUCAUGUCACUUGAAAGUCCAUGAGAGAAUUCACACUGGAGAGAAACCUUAUAACUGUAGUGUCUGUGAGAAGAGUUUUAGUCAACAGUCAAACUUACUUAAGCACCAAAGAAUUCAUACAGGUGAAAAACCUUUCAAAUGCUCUCAGUGUGACAAGAAAUUUUCUCAUUCAGCUCCCUUGAAAGUCCAUGAGAGAAUUCACACUGGUGAGAAACCUUAUAACUGUAGUGUCUGUGGGAAGAGUUUUAGUCAACAUGGCAGUUUAGUGUCACACCAGAGAAUUCAUACAGGUGAAAAACCUUACAAAUGCUCUCAGUGUGACAUGACAUUUAAUUAUUCAUGUCACUUGAAAGUCCAUGAGAGAAUUCACACUGGAGAGAAACCUUAUCACUGUAAUGUCUGUGGGAAGAGUUUUAGUCAACAGUCAAACUUACUUAAGCACCAAAGAAUUCAUACAGGUGAAAAACCUUUCAAAUGCUCUCAGUGUGACAAGACAUUUUCUCAUUUAGCUCCCUUGAAAGUCCAUGAGAGAAUUCACACUGGAGAGAAACCUUAUAAUUGUAGUGUCUGUAGGAAGAGUUUUAGGCAACAUGGCAGUUUAGUGUCACACCAGAGAACUCAUACAGGUGAAAAACCUUACAAAUGUUCUCAGUGUGACAUGACAUUUAAUCAUUCAUGUUACUUGAAAGUCCAUGAGAGAAUUCACACUGGAGAGAAACCUUACGUCUGCACUCAAUGUGGAAAGGGCUUCACUGAUUCAUCUCAUUUAAGCGUUCAUCUAAGAGUUCAUACUGGAGAAAAACCUCAUCACUGUAAUGUCUGUGGGAAGAGUUUUAGUCAACGGUCAAACUUACUUAAGCACCAGAGAAUUCAUACAGGUGAUAAACCUUUCAAAUGCUCUCAGUGUGAUAAGAUGUUUGCUCAGUCAGGUUCUUUAAAAUCCCAUCAGAGACUUCAUACGGGAAAGAAACCUUAAAGGAAUAGUCUACCCUUUUGCCAUAUUAAACUAUGUUAUUACCUCAACUUAGACAAAUUAAUACAUAUCUAUCUUUUUUCAAUGCGUGCACUGUACAGCGCGUCGUGAAUGUGUUAGCAUUUAGCCUAGACCCAUUCAUUCCUAUGGUACCAAACAGGGAAGCCACCAAACACUUCAGCGUUUUCCCUAUUUAAAGACUGUUACAUGAGGAGUUAUACCAGUAAGUAUGGUGCCACAAAAAAACUUUUUUUUUGGUACCAUAGGAAUGAAUGGGGCUAGGCUAAAUGCUAACACAUUCACAACACGCUGUACAGUGCACGCAUUGAAAAAAGAUAGUGUAAGAUAAUUUCCUGAAUAAAUAUAGCACCUCCCCAAAGGACACUGCAUGGGGGCAAAGUGAGUGCCCGGGAAGGCAACUCUCUACGAUUCACGGUGGACUUCCCACUGAGACACAUUUGGGUUUCAAAGACACACCUUUAGGGUGUCAUACAUUUGUAUUCUUUUCUCUCAAAGCAAACUGUAUAUGACAUGCUACAUGCACAAAGAAUCUAAAAUCUGUAUCUUAUUUGUUUUCUAUUGGAAUGCCUCAUUGCAAGUGGUUACAAUGGUCUCACUCAUAUAACAACAGAAUUCAAUGUUAAAGUAUAUGUGAAACAUUCAUUCAAUGUUGAUAGACACCUCCCAUUCUAAGCAUAAACCAAUCACCCACUGUAUACAGAUUAAGGACAGCCCUUAGUUUUUACAACAACCAAUCAGUACCAAAUUCCUAUAUGCUUUGUUCUCUGGCUAUUUAAGGAGAUGUGUAGAAGAUUUAGGCGGGACUUUCAAUAUCUAGAAAUGCACCCCCCUGAUGCUGUAUCUUUGAUAUAGCAUCAUGUAUUUCAUUUUACUUUGUGGAAUCUGUAAACAGAUCUUCAUUCUUACCAGGUAUGCAAUGGUUCUUCUUUUUAUUCUUUCAUAUUUUAAUUGGAUUGUAAAUUGGCAUCUGAAUUAUGUUUUACCUACCUGGUUAAUAAAUUGUUACGUUUUGCAUUCA